CUGAGGACCGCGCGGGCCUUUGACUAGCCUAGAGCAGACACUCUGCCUCUGGCUCGGUCUCCAUGACUACUAGCUGCCCAUGAGUGAGGAGAGAUGGCAUCCAAGGGGGCUGGCAUGCCUUUCUCCCGAAAGAGCUAUAGGCUGGCCUCAGAUGCUGAGAAGUCCAGGGUCACAGGCAUUGUGCAGGAGAAACUACUGAAUGACUACCUGUGCCGUGUCUUUUCCUCUCCUGAUCACGGGCCCCCUGCAGCCACCAGCAGGAAACCCCUGAACUUCCACAACCUGCCAGAGCAUGUGGAGCAGCUGCUACAGGUCGGCAGUGAAGAUGAGAGCCAGGGACAAGUUGAAGGGCGGCUUGGCCCGUCCACUGUGGUCCUAGACCACACAGGAGGCUUUGAGGGGCUUCUCCUUGUGGAUGACGAUCUCCUGGGGGUGAUUGGACACAGCAACUUUGGCACUAUCCGCUCUACCACGUGUGUGUACAAAGGGAAGUGGGUCUACGAGGUGCUCAUCUCCUCCCAGGGCCUCAUGCAGAUUGGCUGGUGCACCAUCAACUGCCGCUUUAAUCAGGAGGAAGGGGUUGGAGAUACACAUAACUCCUAUGCCUAUGACGGGAACCGGGUGCGCAAAUGGAACGUGACCACAACAAAUUAUGGCAAGGCAUGGGCGGCGGGGGACAUCGUGAGCUGCCUGAUUGAUCUGGACGAGGGUACUCUGUCCUUUUGCCUGAACGGCGUGUCCCUGGGCACUGCCUUUGAGAACCUUUCCAGGGGCCUUGGGAUGGCCUACUUCCCAGCCAUCAGCCUGUCGUUCAAGGAGUCUGUGGCGUUCAACUUUGGCAGCCGCCCCUUGCGCUACCCAGUUGCGGGCUUCCGGCCCCUGCAGGACCCUCCAUUUGCUGACCUGGUACGGGCUCAGAGGUUGCUGGGAUGCUUCCAGAUGGUGCUAAGUGUGGAGCUGGACCCUGUGGAAGGACGGCUGGUAGAAAGGGAGAACUCGGAGGGGCAGCUGCAGGGGCAGCCCACUGUCCUCCUUACACUGGCGCACAUCUUCCAUCACUUCGCACCACUCCUGCGCAAGGUCUACGUGGUAGAGGCUGUGCUCGUGAGCUUCCUCCUGGGCGUGAUGGAGAAGGGCACGCCUGAGCAGGCGCAGUCUGCGGUACACCAGAUCUUGGACCUCCUGUGGCUCUUCAUGGAGGACUAUGAGGUACAGGAUUGCCUCAAGCAGUUGAUGAUGUCUCUGCUACGUCUCUACCGAUUCUCGCCCAUUGUCCCAGACCUGGGUCUACAGAUCCACUACCUGCGCCUCACUAUGGCCAUCCUGAGACACGAGAAGUCCCGCAAGUUUCUGCUAAGCAACGUUCUUUUCGACAUGCUCCGCUCCGUGGUCUUCUUUUAUAUUAAGAGUCCCCUGCGUGUGGAGGAGGCUGGCCUGCAGGAACUCAUUCCCACCACCUGGUGGCCCCAUCGUUCCAGCAGGGAGGGCAGAGACAGUAAAGAGGUAAAAGAGGAGACCACAGAAGAGCGGCAGCGGAGGCGAGCUUAUGAGCGUGGCUGCCAGAGACUCAAGAAACGCAUUGAAGUGGUGGAAGAGCUACAGGUCCAGAUCCUGAAGCUACUGUUGGACAAUAAAGACGACAACGGGGUGAGUGACCCAAGGUUCCCGUGUGGAGGCCUGUCUGGGAGGUAUGCUGUUUUGGGCUCUGAGCCCCAGAAAGCAGGGGCCCAUCUAUGUUCCAUGGUAGGGCUCAUUGUAAGGUGCAGAGUUCUCAGCUCAGCAACAACCUUGUUUUCCCAUUCCUCAAAGGGCGAAGCCUCUAGGUACAUCUUUCUGACAAAAUUCCGAAAGUUUCUGCAGGAGAAUGCCAGCGGCCGAGGGAACAUGCCAAUGCUCUGCCCCCCUGAGUACAUGGUCUGCUUCCUCCACCGGCUGGUGUCUGCCUUGCGCUUCUACUGGGAUGAAUACAAAGCUUCCAACCCCCGCGCUUCCUUCAGUGAGGAGGCUUAUAUCCCACCCCAGAUCUUCUAUAAUGGCAAGGUGGACUACUCUGACCUUCAGCGCCUUGGGGGCCUCCUCUCACACCUUCGAAAGACCCUGAAAGAUGACCUUGCUUCCAAAGCCAAUAUUGUGAUUGAUCCCCUGGAGCUCCAGGCAGCCACCAUGGAUGACCUGGAUGAGGAUGAAGAGCCGGCCCCCACAGCGAUCCAGCGUCCCAUGCAAGCCCUGGCCAUGGGCGGGGCACUGCCCCUGCCUCGGCCUGGCUGGCUCAGUUCUCCAACCCUGGGCCGAGCCAACCGCUUCCUCAGCACAGCAGCGGUGAGCCUCAUGACCCCACGGCGGCCUCUGAGCACCACGGAGAAAGUGAAGGUCCGCUCGCUGAACGUGGAACAGAGGACUCGUGAGGACAUUGAGGGCAGCCCCUGGAAUGAGGGCCUGCUGUUGGGGAGGCCCCCUGAAGAACCUGAGCAGCCCCUCACCGAGAACUCGCUGUUGGAAGUCCUGGAUGGCACAGUCAUGAUGUAUAACCUCAGCGUCCACCAGCAGCUGGGCAAGAUGGUGGGAGUGUCUGAUGAUGUCAACGAGUAUGCGAUGGCCCUGAGAGCCACAGAGGACAAACUCCGCCGCUGCCCCAAGAGGAGGAAGGAUAUCCUUGCAGAGUUGACCAAGAGCCAGAAAGUUUUCUCAGAAAAGCUGGACCACCUGAGCCGAAGGCUUGCCUGGGUCCAUGCCACCGUCUACUCACAGGAGAAGAUGCUGGAUAUCUACUGGUUGUUGCGUGUCUGCCUACGGACCAUCGAGCAUGGGGAUCGUACAGGAUCUCUCUUUGCCUUCAUGCCCGAGUUCUACCUGAGUGUGGCCAUCAACAGUUACAGUGCUCUCAAGAAUUACUUUGGCCCUGUGCACAGCAUGGAGGAGCUCCCAGGCUAUGAAGAGACCCUAACCCGCUUGGCUGCCAUCCUUGCCAAACACUUUGCUGACCCCCGCAUCGUAGGCACUGACAUUCGAGACACACUGAUGCAGGCCCUGGCUAGCUAUGUGUGCUACCCACACUCGCUACGGGCUGUGGAACGGAUCCCUGAGGAGCAGCGUAUUGCCAUGGUGAAGAACCUUUUGGCACCCUAUGAGCAACGGCCCUGGGCCCAGACCAACUGGAUCCUGGUGCGGCUUUGGAGGGGCUGUGGGUUUGGGUACCGCUAUACACGGCUGCCACAUCUGCUGAAAACCAAACCAGAAGAUGCCAAUUUGCCCAGCCUCCAAAAGCCCUGCCCUUCCACCCUGCUGCAGAAGCACAUGGCCGACCUACUGCGACAAGGUCCUGAUGUAGCACCUAGCUUCCUCAACAGUGUCCUUAACCAGCUCAACUGGGCCUUCUCUGAAUUCAUCGGAAUGAUCCAGGAGAUUCAACAGGCUGCUGAACGCCUAGAGCGAAACUUUGUGGACAGCCGGCAGCUCAAGGUCUGUGCCACCUGCUUUGACCUGUCAGUCAGCUUGUUGCGUGUCUUGGAAAUGACCAUCACACUGGUGCCUGAGAUAUUCCUUGACUGGUCCCGCCCUACCUCUGAGAUGCUGCUUCGGCGUCUUGCACAGCUGCUGAACCAGGUGCUGAACCGGGUGACAGCUGAGAGGAACCUGUUUGACCGUGUGGUCACCCUACGGCUACCUGGCUUGGAGAGUGUGGACCAUUACCCUAUCCUGGUGGCAGUGACUGGCAUCCUGGUGCGCCUCUUGGUGCAUGGUCCAGCCUCAGAGACAGAGCAAGCCACCUCCGUGCUCCUGGCUGAUCCCUGCUUCCAGCUGCGUUCCAUAUGCUAUCUCCUGGGGCAGCCAGAGGCCCUAGCACCUGGCACGGCCUUGCCUGCCCCUGACCGGAAGCGCUUCUCUCUACAGAGCUAUGCAGACUACAUCAGUGCUGAGGAGCUGGCCCAGGUGGAACGGAUGCUUGCACACCUGACCGCUGCAUCUGCCCAGGCAGCAGCUGCUUCCCUGCCCACCAGCGAAGAGGACCUCUGCCCAAUCUGCUAUGCCCACCCCAUCUCUGCUGUGUUCCAGCCUUGUGGCCACAAAUCUUGCAAAGCCUGCAUCAACCAGCACCUGAUGAACAACAAGGACUGCUUCUUCUGCAAAGCCACCAUUGCAUCUGUAGAGGACUGGGACAAGGCGGCCAGCACAAGUGCCACCUCCUCAGCUGCCUAGGCCAGCCUGACGCACACAGCUUG